AAUGAUCUUAUAGAUCUCAUAUCAAGAUAGACGGGAGUUCCCACGACUGGUUCGCUGCUGACCUAUUAUUUUCGAACAGUUUUCAGAAAUUCUUAAGUAUAUCCAAUCAUCUAUCUUAAAAUGUUUCAUCUACCUUCACACGUUGAAAAAUAUAAAAGUUCGGAAAGCGAAAAUACGCUUACUAAAGAACUGGAUGAUUUUGUCCAAGAAUUUUUCAACGGACGCUCUGAACCAAAAAAAAUCAAGGUGGAGACGUUGAGAAAUGUUAUACCAAAAUUUCAGAAAAACUAUAGAGAGAGAAAUAAUUUUCCAAAAAAAAAGUCAAGCUGGGAAAAUCCUCCACCUCCAGGUUGGCCAAGUGAUAUUCCCUACAUAGAUCCAAAUAACCCAAAGAGUUCAAAAAAACCAAGAAAAGUAGACUUACAAAAGAUAGUAGAAGUAUUUGUUUCUGAUUAUCAAACUUCGAAACUACAGCAAAUGUCCUACCAUCCCGAAAUCGAUGCUCACGACUAUGAAUAUAAUUUUGAAAACAAUUUUCUAUAUAAUAAUAACUUUGAAGAAGAAAAUUCACUCUUCUUAACACAUGAUAUGCAUAACAUUCAGGCGAAAGAACGAUCAGAAACAAUAUCUGAAUCGGAUUUACUGUGGGAUUCUAGCCAAAGAAUUAAAAUGAAAGUAAACAUUAUUGGUAGUAUAAGCGACAGCUUACCAAAAGACGUUCAGCAGGAAUUUCAAUACAUUAAAGAAAGGAAAAUUACGGAUACGGUAGUUCGAAGCGAACUGGAACAGAAAUUGGAUGAAAUAAAGAGGGAGCAUCAUGAAGAGAUAAAUAAAAGAAUUCAAAGUCGGGAGCAAAAGGAAGAACUUGAAGUAAGUUUCUUAACUUCUUUUUCGUUUAAUAUAAACUUUUUAUAAUCAAGAAACAAACUAUUGAGCUGCAGCUAGUAAGUGAAUUUGUUGAGGAUGCUAAUCUACAGCUGUUGCUGGACGAUUUGGAGUGUACUAAUGAUUGUUUAUUAUACAGUGAUUCAAAUUUAGAAAACUGUACUCAGCAAAUGUAUUCAAACGAUGAAGGAAAUGAUAAUCAAUCGACUGCUAAGAGACAUUGGCACAUUGAUUUCGAUAAUGACGAUCAAAGGCAUAGAAAAAAGAUGAAAUAUAAUAUUACAGUCUGAAGAAAAAUUUGAGAUAACAGCGAUUAUUCCUUUCGAUGAGUCUCUUUCGGGUAGCCUAUAGAUUUCUAUAAAUCUAGCAAACUAUAUUACUAUUAUUAUUAUCUAAUAUAGUUGAAGAACGUUUGUAAUUUAACGAAAUUUACACGUUUAACUCAAAAUUUAAGAUUAUAUUUGAUCUAAACAAAGAUAUAUUAUUUCAUAAUCACCGAAAAAUCAAUUCUGAAUAGCAAAGAAUUCUAUUAAUUUCUUAUUGCUAUUUAACAAUAUUUUGCUUACAAGUAGUUGCUAUUCAAUUGUUGUAUUAAUUCAGUGGUGACAUCUAUAAUCUAUUAACUUGAUAGCGUCUUUUAUGAAUACAAUCCUCUCUAUAUUUGUUAGAAGAAAGUCUUAAGUCUUUUUUUAACGGAAAUCAAAUAAAAC